GGUUUGGCCUUUACCGCACGCGAGGCUGACCCCGCUCACGCGAAUCCUCCUGCACGCACACCUCUCCUCUCUUCUUCCUUCGCGCACAAAGGUUCAUCAAUACAACUCCGGCUUCUUCUCCUGAGCCUGUGCGUGAAGCAAACGGAGGAGAAGGCGACGACGCUGCGCGGUGUUGAUUGCAUUGUGCGGUGCUGCUCGCGGGAGUGGCAACAGUCUUGCAGGUUGAGCGGUAACGCGAGCAGUUCACAGGUUUGCAGUUGCUUGUCAAAUGGAGGAACAAUUCAUACUUCGUGUUCCACCAUCAAUAGCUGAAUGCAUAGAGCGCUUGUUGAGUGAAAAUCCUUCUACUUCUGAAGAUGUCUCCUUGGAUUUAUCCUUUACAGAUGAUGGAAGGACUGGUACUUUUUGCAUUGGUAAUGAUAAGUUUCCUGCCUCUCUCUUGGAUCUUCCUGGCAUUGUGGAGUCUUAUAAAACUUACGAUGAUACAGUACUAAUCAAAACUGCUGAUAUUGGUCAGAUAAUCAUGGUGAGGGAAGAAGGUGAACCCGCUCCGGAAGGAAUAGAAUACAGGCACGGUCUUACCCCUCCAAUGAGGGAUGCUCGUAGGCGACGGUUCCGCAGAGAACCCGAUCUCAAUCCAGAGCUGGUACAACGGGUUGAGAAAGAUCUUUUGAACAUCAUGUCUGGUGGGACAGUGGAAAGAUCACAACCAGACUUUGCAAAUGGUGAGCGCAGGAAAAUAGCCCAGGUUCCCGCAACAAAACCAGAUGUUAUUCCUACUGAAACCGUGAAAGAUGGAGAACCAGAAAGAAGUGAUUCUGAUGAUUCGAUGGAACAUGAGAAUUAGAGAUAGGAACACGAAGCAAAUAAUGAAAUGCUGGAGAUCAAAAGAAGCAGAGGUAAAGCCUCCUUCGAGGUUACACUCAACAAAGAAUGAAACGCUUUCACUCUAAAUUAUCAUUGAAUUUCAGUUAAGUUUCAGAGUCUGUAUGUGCCACAUUGUUAUUUCAACCGAGUAAGUAUGUCUCAAAGCCAUUUUGCUACUCUCAUACCACUCCAAAUUGCUGCUAUUAAGACUAGCUUUAUGAAUGCUAUAGUUCAAGUCUCAUGUAUGCGUAGAUUGUCUUAGUGUUUCAAUCUUACAUAUAAAUGUAAUGAAGUUUUCUUCAUCA